AAAAAUGAUUAUUUGGUGCUUUGUUGGACAUUGUCUUCAACAGACAUUGUGCAGACGUAAGCUUAUUGCCAAAUAUCACGAAACUUGGAGAAAUUUGUUAACUUUUCUGAGAAAAUCAUAUUCGACUGGUUGUCACUCUACCAAAGAAGGUGAUAUUUUGGAGUCCGUAUACCCUAGUGGUUUGAAGAGCCCAGACAAGUAUGAUAGACUAGCAGUUCUUCAAUUUUUGGAGAAAAGUUUCAAACGUCGUGCAAGUCAUGGUAAAGUUUGUGUAAUAUCUGGAGCUGGAAUUAGUACAGAAAGUGGUAUCCCUGAUUAUCGUUCUCCUGGGCGUCCUCCUCACAAACCAAUCACUCACGACCAAUUCGUUUCGAGUGCUGCAUAUAGAAGGAGAUAUUGGGCUCGUUCUUAUGUUGGAUACGAACGUCUUUCAAAGGCAAAACCAGGGAAGACGCACGUAUCUUUAGCUGUUCUUGACCAGUUGGGUCUGCUUAGUGGUAAUAUAUCACAAAACGUUGAUGAACUUCUUUCAGCAGGUGGUGUGAAUGAUUCUCGUAUUGUGGAGCUUCAUGGCAAUAUUCACAGAGUUAUGUGUUUAGAAUGUGGUUUGAAAAUUGGAAGAGACGUCAUUCAACUACAAAUGAGAGAACUGAAUAUGGAGUGGAACCCUGAGUCCGAGGAACAGCAGGAACGAAGUAUCUUUGAACGUCCUGAUGGAGAUUAUGCAGUCACAGAGGAACUUGUGAAUACAUUUUAUCCUCCUUUUUGUUUUCGCUGUGGUCGGAAUAGUAUUCUAAAGCCGGAUGUGGUCUUUUUUGGUGGUAAUGUUCCUAAGGAAAAUGCUUUGAGAGCUCGUCAGUUUAUCGAACAGUCGGAUGCUAUUCUCGUUUUGGGUUCUUCGUUGUCCACUUUCUCAGCUUAUGGUUUAGUGCAACGUGCCUCCAGUGAGUUAUCAUUGCCAAUUUGCAUUAUCAAUUAUGGUCCUACGCGUGCGGAUCACUUGGCAACUUUGAAGCUGGAUGUCGAUACAGGUCAUCUUAUGUUUCAAGUUUGUCAGCACUAUGCACCUGAACAUAUCUUUAGAAAUUAUUUCGAUCAAAAGUUUCAACACAUAUUGUGACUAUGAAUAAGAUUGUCCUUCAAGAAUUGUAAAAUACUCUUGAAAAAUAAUGCCUUGUGGUAUAAUUCAAUUGUCCAACAUGCAUUAAGCU